UCCUGAUUUGUUUCAAGAGGGGGUUUGAAUUAUCAAAACUAGGCUCUGCAAAGCUUUUUUUGGUUGUUAAUGUGAGUUCAAGUCCUGGUUGUUAUCUAUGAGUUCAAGUGAGGUUUAAUGUUAGCCUGUUCAAUUUUUUCUAAUUCUAUCUUAUUAGCUACUACUUACUUGAUAGAUGUUGCUGGUUGGAUUGGAUGGUGAAAUUUAACAUUAGUGUUUAUACUUUCUGGUAGCUUAGAUAAUGCUUUUUGGCUCUUUUCUCCCUUUGUAUCAAGUCUGAAUUUGUCAUGAAUCAUCAGGCACUGCCUGAUAAAUUUUCUGCACAUAUGACAACCCAAUUGCCUAACAAAGGCCCGAGUGGUAUCGUGUGGGAUGUAUAGCUUCGGAAAUCCCAUAACCUGAUGUUUGUCGGAGAAGGGUGGAAUAAGUUUGCGAAAACUUACGGCUUGGAAGAAAAUUGCCUCUUGAUGUUUAAGUAUACUCAAAAUCCAAUUCUUGAGGUGUUAAUAUUUGACCCAGAUAGUUUGUGUGAGAAGGAGUGUGGACUCGAAAAUCAUACUAAAAGGAGUGUGAGAGUGGAUUCAAGAACUGAGCCUAUCGAAGAUGGUGAUUCUGAUUUUACAUCGAGAAAGAAGUCUAAGAAAGAUGUUGAAGGGGUGAUGGGUUGCUUGCAACAUGAGACGGGAAAUCACAUGAGCAAUGUUGUUGCUAAAGAUGGAAGGAUGUGCGGAAGGAUGGAGACUCCGCACAAUUCACUUGUUCAAUUGAUUGCCCAUGGUAGUAAGCAUCUUUAUUCUUAUCUUCUUUCAUUUUGGCUUUCUAUAUAAGUAUGUUUGUUAAGAUACAUGGAAUGAACUUAACGAACUUCAAAAAGUGAAUGCAUUAAUAAAAGGUAUGUGAGGAAUACAUCAUCGUCAUCAUUGUCAUUAUCAUACCUAAUAUAUCGCGCUUA